CCGGCUCAAAUUUUCGGCUCAACUUAUUCAUCACAAGCUAUAACUUUUGGAAGAACUGCCUGAAAGUCUGAGACGGGAGGAAAAGGGCACAGUUUGACAUCUUCACUUUGUUUUGUCAACAGUGGAAGAAAGAGAGCUAUAGAAGGUUAGAGGAAGGAGGAAAAUCGGGUUGGCUUUAUCAGUGGGAAUCACUUUAUCACUGCUUUCAGAAUCAAAGUGGCAGGUACUUUUAGAGAGUGUCAGGUUCAAAGACUGUGACUCAUCGGAGAAAAGUGAGAUACUCUCAGAGGAACAACAAAACGAAAGAUGGAUCGUAAAAUCCCCGAUUUUGCUGGUACCUGGAAAAUGAAGAGCUCUGAGAACUUCGAAGAGCUGCUUAAAGCACUGGGUGUGAAUGUGAUGCUUCGUAAGAUUGCGGUUGCAGCCGCAUCAAAGCCAUCCGUGGAGAUUACACAGGAGGGAGAGACACUGACAAUCAAGACGUCCACCUCAGUGAGGACCACCAACGUCACCUUCACAGUUGGACAGGAGUUUAAUGAGGCCACUGUGGAUGGACGUCCCUGCACGAGCUUUCCUCGCUGGGUAACAGACAGCAAGAUUAGCUGCGAACAGACUUUGCAGAAGGGCGAGGGUCCAAAAACCUCAUGGACCAGGGAAAUAACCAAUGAUGCUGAAUUGAUUCUGACCAUGACUGCUGACGAUGUGGUGUGUACAAGAGUUUAUGUCAGAGAGUGAAAAUAUAAGGAAAAAGGAAGAAUAUCCAUCCAGAUUGGAGUCUUUCCUCAUUAAUCACAACGACUGUGACUUAUUUCCUUUCUCCCUAAUCUCUUCUUUCACACUUUUUUAUUGACAAUGUAUUUGAAUAAUACGUCAGAGAGCCAUGCAAAUAUAGUUCCAGAGAUUCAAGCAAAGAUUUAGUUUUUUUCUGAUUGGUCAAUUUAAAACUUCAUCAUCUUCGGUUUAAAAGCACUUUUAAAAAUUGAUCUAAAAAAAUACGUAGACCUGGAAAUCUGAAGCUUGGAGGCCAAACUUUUUGGUGGUAUCAUCCAUAAUCACCAAUGAAAAGAAAUUGCUAAAUUUACAGCCACAUUUAGCACUGCUCAGUCAUUUUCAUGGACAAAAUACAGUCAUUUUAAGAGCCAUCAGCUCUUCACGCUGACCAUUAGAAACUCAGCAGACACACAACAUCAUACAUUAAUAUUAGUUUAGAUUCAGAUCUUUAACAUUGUCAAAAUUCAAUGUCUAGCCAGCGUCUAAGGACAACAUUAUUUUGAUGUUCAAUAACGACAUCAAAUUAUGUUGAUAUUUGGUUGAUUUAGGUUGUGUUGUAAAGUGACCAAAAUCCAACGUCUGAUAUAUGUCAUAGUGGUAACGUCCACAAAAUGUCAAGGUGUAACAUGAUUAGACAUUGAUAUUUGGUUGAUUUUAGGUUGGACAUUGGACAUUGAUGUCGGCCUGACAUUGGGUUCUGACGUCAACCCAAUUUUCAUUUACGAACAUAAUCCAAGGUCCCCAUGACAUUGGGGUACGUUGUGGUACAACGUCAAUAUGACAUCAUGUUGAUGUCCUGUGCCUGCAGGGAAGGUUCUUAGGAAUAAAGUGACUUCUGCAUCAUUCAAUGUUACACAAAUUACAUUAGACAAUGGACAUUUUGUCCUGAAAUGUCCCUCCCUAAUAUGGCCACACCAUUAGAAUGUUCUCAAAACACAAAGGUUUGGUUUUUUAUUUUGUUCAUAAUUUGAUCCUAUGCAAAGCUCCGCCUUAAAAUGUUACUUAUCAAUCCUACAUUAUCAACCGUCACCAUCCAUUUCUCAGACAGCCCUUUCUCUUGAUAAUAUUACUGUAUGGAGUGUCUGCUAUGUUUUUAUAUUUUGAAGGACCAUUUACACUAAGGAUAGUAACUGUAAUGAUAAUGAUAUUGUUCCAAAUAUUAAAAUAAUAUAAAAGAAUUACAGAAACCUGAUCACAAGGAAUGAUAUUGCUGCAGAAUGAUAUUAAAUCAGAAUCCAUUUUGCUUUAACGAGUACAAGCAUUUAAAGUGUCAGACACAUUCAUUUUUGUAAACUUUAAUAUAGUUAUCAUCAUAGUUAUUAUUCUAGGUGUGAUUGUGCCUUUUGUUUAUCGUGCCCGAAAUGUAUGUUCAUUUCAUUUGAUUGUAAGAAUUUGCUUGACAAAGAUUAUAUUCAUUAUAGCAUCAUGUAACAGUUUAUUUAAUGAAAAAUGCCAGAUAAAAUGCUUUUCGACUUAAGUUCAUUCCAUCUAUGUAAUAUCCAAUCAAUAUUUCAACAUUUUAUGAGUAGACCCAGUGAUGCCAUUCAUGAAAAUGUCCAAUUCAUUCCUAUGUGAAGUUUUUGUCUGAAUUACAAAAAGAGGCGGAGUUAAGAAAAAAGGGUCAUAUGUGAUUAGAAACCCAUUAGAAUCUCAGAUCACCCUCUUCCAUCUUUACUUUUUUUUGUAUAUAUUUUAAUAAAACAUGAAUCUGAAAGUUUCAUCCAAACUGUUUUUUAAUUAUGUUUUUUUAUAUAAACAGUUUCAGCAGUCAUCACUUAUUUCUAUGCAUGGAUAAUAAAGGUUUCUGCCCUGAAAA